AUGAGAAAAAAGGAUAAUAAAAGAAGUGGCAAGAAGAAAAGGCCAAACUUUCCUGGGAUAAAGGAUGAUUACAUAAGCAAGGAUUUCACUCUCUAUCAUCUCUUAGUUUUUCCAGAAUCCUGUAAGGGAAUUAUAGGAGGAAAUGAGGUUCCAUCCCACGCCAGACGCUACAUGGCUCUUAUCAAAGGGCUGGAAAUCUGCGCAGGGGCUUUGAUCAAUGAAAACUGGGUCCUGACUGCUGCUCACUGUGACCUGAGAGGCAAGCCUCAAGUUAUUCUUGGUGCCCACUCUGUAGCUCAGAAAGAGAAACUUGAACAGAUGUUUUCCAUUAAGAGGGCAAUUCCCUACCCAUGCUAUGACCCUGAGACAUUUCAAGGAGAUCUUCAACUCCUUCAGCUGGAUGGCAAAGCAGCGACGACCAAAGCGGUGGGACUCCUUCGCCUCCCGGAAAGAGGCGAGGAUGUGAAACCCCACACCAAGUGUCAUGUGGCUGGAUGGGGGAGCACCAAAAGAGAUUCUUGCAAGGUUUCCAACAUCUUGAGAGAAGUCAAUGUCACCGUGAUCGACCGAAGAGUCUGCAACGACCCAAAGCAUUACGCUUUCAAACAGCUGGUGGACAACAGCAUGCUCUGUGCAGGCGGCAGGAAAGGGGAAGACGACUCGUGCGGCGGGGAUUCUGGAAGUCCUCUGAUAUGUGAUAACAUUUUCAGGGGUGUCACUUCCUUUGGGAAAUGUGGUGACCCCAAGAAGCCUGGUGUCUACAUUCUUCUUACAAACAAAUACCUCAACUGGAUACAGAAAACCAUUGCAGGAGUUAUGUAA